GCGCAGGUGGCGCUACCAGUCGUCCUACGCAUGCGUCGCGUUACGAGCUUCGUAAUGGACACUGACAGAUCCCAAGUUUUAUUUUAUUUAAAUAAAAAUUAAUACAAACCGAAUGACAAACUUGAGCUUUUAAACUUAAAAGUGAACAUAGUAUUGAUAUCGUGACAAUUUCAUUACAAGCCAAUGAUUCAAUGUAAAUAAAAUAAUCGAUUUCAAAUCACGCUCAUUAUUUCGUGAUUUUGGUUGUGGGAUUUAAUAUUUAUUGUUGGUUUUUGCAAUAAAUGCAUAUACCAUAACUCGGCGUGGAAAUAACUGGUUUUGGGGGCCGAUGUGUUUUUGUGUUGUGUUUAUUGGUGAAUAGAUACUAAGCUAUAGUGCCCCGUGUUACCGCUAUUUCGUGAUGUGUGUGUGAUGCUGAUAGCUGUAAGCACAACUACAAAGGUGUGAAUCUUGUCUUUAUGGUGUAUGUAAGGGGCGAAGGCGGUGCGUGUGCUGUAACCGAAUGAUGCGCUCGGUCCGCGCCGUGACGGCGACAUGGCCGCGCUUUCCUGCUAUCAGCCCUGUCGCUCCCACCUCGCGCAGCCGGCUCGGUGCCUAGACGACGACGAGGGACAAUCGGCGACGCUAUCGCUCCGGCGGCGGCAGUUCAUAGAGCGAUGCCACGACGCGAGGCCCGGCCGGCACAGGGACCCGCUACCUGAGGUCUCGGUGAAACGCACGCGGGAGGAGCUCGCCAAGUAUGCGGCGCAGCGGGCCCCGGCCAGGCGACUGAAUGUGGAGUCCGGGUGGUCGAAGGUCGAGGAGGUCAGGAAGAAGUUUGAAGGCGCGGCGGCGAAUAGCUCGUACUCGAGGUCGUUUGAAUCUCCGCCGAGACGUCGUCUAGCCGACUCGCUGUUCGCAAGCUUCAAGCUACCGCGCAAGAAAGAGAUGGCGGCAUCGCGCUCUCUCGCGCCGCAGCAGCAGAAGCGCAAGUCCGCCGUGGAGCUGCUGGCCGAGACGAAAGCGUUCUACGUCAAGUCGGAGACGGUGCUUGAUAGGAAACAGGAACUGCCGUUGAGGGUGAGCAGCGGCCUGGGGCAAGCGAUAGCAGCUGGUGGGUGUCACUUGGUCAGUUCGGGGACACUCAAUAAUGACGCCUGCUGCAACCCGUAUGCAACGAGCCGCAUGACCAAUCGCCGCGCGGUGAGCGCGGGCGAAGGCCUACAGAACACGCUGCGGCGGCUGCUAGAGCACGCGGAUAGCAGGGAGAACGUUUACUCGCCGCCGUUUGUCUCGCAAAAGUCGUUCGCGGAAAUGCGCCGCGCGAAGGACUCGUACGCGGAGCGCGAGUUGCCGCGCUCGCAGCACACGUCCGGAACGUUCUCGGGCACCUCCUCCUCGGGAACGUCCGGCUCGAAGCACAGGCACGAGGACAAGGGCCGGCCGCUGAGUUUCGGCGACGCGCGGGUCUUCUUCCCUGAGUCCUUCGUCAUACCGCGGCAGCGGGCGAGCGAAGUUGUUAUCAAGAACGCAUAUUCUAUACCGAGUCCCCAAUCAAGUCCCCAAAACCCCGAUGAGUUGUCCCCGAGCGGGGAACAGCUCGGGGCCAUCAGUCCCCCCGCUGAAUACGCACAUUCUGCACCUAGGUACACUAGAUCGAAUUCGCACUCGCAACCCAGCGUUCGCGAAGAGGAUGGCAACACCAAUAUAAACAGUCAUAAAUCAUUGCCAGAUUUGCACGCACAAGCGCACGGUUACCCUGAACAUGUAAAUGUGGUGGUUGGAACGGAAUCGAUCGGACGGUCGCCGAGGCGCCGGCGCCAUUCCGCGCACCACAGGACGGCUUCGUGCUCCUCGAAGGGUACGAGAUCGAACCAUUCAUCGCUGAUAUCGUCGUGCGAUGCUUUCUCAGAACAUCCUUCGCCAGGGGAGGAAAACUAUCAGUCAUAUAACAGCGCACCCCCACCACAAUUUCAAGACGAACCGCCUCUGUACGACUAUGGGGACUAUGACUGCUCAUACAAGACCCCCCUCAAGUGUCUGAAUGUUGGCAGAAAGGAAUACACUGCGACGCGGGAUUAUCCCAGAUACCAAGAGCCAAACACGGAGGUUGUUAGCAAGCAGCCGCAAUACCAGGAGGUGCGCUUGCGCACUCGGAUAGAUGACAAACAGGACUAUGUUAACGCGCCACAGAUCUGUCAAGCGGAGGAAGUGACAUCACCGCUAGGUACAUUUAAGAGGCAGCGAUGUCUGCGCUACAAGCAGAGACGACCGCGACCGAUUCUACGCUCCAAAUCAGAUAUAUCUGAUAGAUACAGACGCACGGACGGACGCAGCCCGGCGUCGGCGCCGUGCGAGGGCUCGGACUCGCCGGACAGCCCGUCGUCGGACUCGGCGCGGCUGCAGCUGUUCUUCGACCGGCUCGGCCUCGAGCCGCGCACGUACGACGCGCUCGUCCGGGACGAGGACCCGGACAGUCCGGUGUUCUUCUCUUCCGCGUCCACCGUCGACUCCAACCAGCUGGCCACCACGGAUUACACGGUCCAAGGGCCAGGAGUUCAGAAACAAAUAUACCGCAACACCGAACCGCCUAGCGUUGUCGAGAGAAACGCUAGAAUUAUAAAAUGGCUGUGUCAGUGUCGCAAAGUGCAAAUGCAACCGCCGCAAUGAAUAAUUAUUAUGGGCGUAACAUUAAAAAAAACUCAGAAACAAUGAUUUUAAGAGUUUGAAGUUCGAAAUGUCAAUUUUGAAUUUGCGUCUGACAACAUUGAUGCAUAUGUCAUCUUACGAGUUUUUGCAACACGAAACUGCUCUUAUCGUUUAUUUAUAUUAUUAUAAAGAAUAUUAUUGAAAAGCACUUUAAUUUUUAAAUGAAAGAAAAUUUAUUAGACAAAAGAAACUACAUGGUACUACAAGUGAACGUUAUUUCUAAAAUAAAAAUCUACGACAAAUCUUUCACGAGGCUAAGAAAUAAAAAUCAAAAUUAUUUAUCUAUUAUCUUGUUGAAAAAAGUUUAAUUGAAGCGGGCAAAAGACUUAAAAUGAUAAUAUUAUUAUAGUUAAUGUAAUUUUUGUCAUUGCGAUACUAUCGACUGUUUACUAAAUUAAGGAAAUCCUGUUCAUUAGCUUAGUCGGAUUUAGAUGUAGGCUAAUAAAUGAAAUUUAAUCGUGUUUUUCAUUGUGACGUUCUUAUAUUUACUUCUAGGGAUAAACGAUCUCUUUCUACGUUUAAAAAUACGUGUGUCAUUCGCUGCUCAAGAAUGAGCUUACGUUACUAUUCGGUACGGAUUGAGUCAAUUUUAGUAUUUGUUGGUUGGUUUUUUAAAAUGGCAAUUAGGUAUGUCUUAAAAAUUUUAUUACUUGGACGGAUGUCAUACUGGUUGUUUUUAUGUGAAGAACGAGGCAGAUCUAGUAGGUACUAGGUAGGAACUGUCAUAGUAUGCGAUUCCGCUAAGAAUACUAUAGAUUCUACGCCAUUGUGACAUAAUUAGUAUUAAUUCAAACAAAUUAGUAAUACAAGUAACAUUUUUAUUUAAUUGAUGUAGAGUCAGACAAAAAAUUUAAACCAUUAUUGAUGCAAAGAGGAUUUCUAAGCAAAUUCAAUUUAGAUCAUUUUAUAACUUUCCUGCUUGACUUUCCUAUUUCUAGUUGAAUCGCAUAGUAGUGCAUUUUCGUUACCUACCUAUCCAUUCCGAAUAUUUUUAUAGUGAGUAAAUACUUUCUAUAAAAGCUAUAAACCGACGCUUACGUUAAAUUAUUUCAAGUUAUGUUGACAAGUGACAGCUGUCACGGUUAUAAUUGCUAAACCCAAAAAUAAAAAAGUUUUUUGACUAAUUGCCAAUUAGGUAGGAAGUCUGUUAUCAUUACAAAAUCAUCUUUACAAGUUGUGAGCUUAGUACUACAUGAAAUAAUGCUUCUAAAUUAAUAGUAUUAAUUGAUAGUGUAACUAUCUCGUGGGUUUCUAUUGUUACGUGUUAUUAAAUUGGAAAAGAAUAAAAUUACAUUUUUAUUUACAUGAUGUUAUUACA